GGUGGCAAAGUUUGAGCCGUGUGCCAUAUCGUCGCUCGAAAAAUGUCUGGUAAAAUGAAGUGGAAACGAAAAACCUCGAGGGCCGCUGAGGAAGACUCGAAAGGAAAAGAAACCUAGUGCCAGCGACGGUACUAUUAACCACAUCCGGAGUGUAAAUAAAGUGUACCGACGAGUUUCACUUCGGGACGGAACGAACGGGUGGCAGCCGCAAAGGAGGGAUCGUUUCACUCCAGGGUUCGCGGAGUAAGAUAAGCCGGCAAGAUGGUGGUCGGGGGAGCGAGCAUCCACAAUAUAAUGGGCGGGAUGGAGAGCACGGGCACGGUGCGUCUACACAAUCACAAGCGCAAACUGAAGCAAAGAUUCGACAUUAUCAAGAAACUUGGUCAGGGUACCUACGGCAAAGUGCAACUUGGAAUCAAUAAGGAAACCGGACAGGAAGUAGCGAUCAAGACCAUAAAAAAAUGCAAGGUGGAGACCGAGGCCGAUCUCGUCAGGAUACGAAGGGAAAUCCAGAUCAUGUCCAGCGUGCAACAUCCGAACAUUAUACACAUUUACGAAGUUUUUGAGAACAAGGAGAAGAUGGUGCUAGUUAUGGAAUAUGCGGCUGGCGGGGAGUUGUACGAUUAUUUGAGGAAACGUAAAGUAUUGUCGGAGAAGGAGGCUCGAAGGAUAUUUCGCCAGAUAGCCAUCGCUGUCUACUAUUGCCAUAAACAUAAGAUCUGUCACCGGGAUCUGAAGCUGGAGAAUAUUCUUCUGGAUCAGGUCGGCAAUGCUAAAAUCGCGGAUUUCGGACUGUCGAAUGUCUUCGACGAGCAGCGGUUAUUGGACACGUUUUGCGGCAGUCCUUUGUACGCCAGUCCGGAAAUUGUUAAGGGGACACCGUAUCAUGGCCCCGAGGUCGACUGCUGGAGUUUAGGUGUUCUUUUGUACACCUUGGUUUACGGUGCCAUGCCCUUCGACGGAUCGAAUUUCAAAAGGCUAGUCAAACAGAUCUCUCAGUCGGAUUACUUCGAACCACAGAAACCAUCACCUGCCUCGCCACUAAUAAAAGACAUGCUGACGGUGUGUCCAAAAAAGCGAUCGGACAUCGAGAAGAUUUGCACUCAUUGGUGGGUAAACGAAGGGUAUGAAAUUAAUUGUUUCGAUAUCGCCGAAGAACUUGCUGCAGAAACGCCUGUUAGAUUGGAUUUGCUGUUAUCGUUGGUGCCUCAAGCAGCCAGUGCCGAUAAAUUAGUGGUCGGCGACCAACAAGCAGGUGGCGAUGUAGCGAACAACAUGUCUUCCGAAACUCUGGUGCCAACUAGGUGUCAUUCGGUUGGUAGUCUUAUGGAACUAGACCGAAAUAAUUCUGACAGAAGAAUAAGGGAAAUGGUCGAAGAAGAGCCUAGAAUGGGUGCAACCGGCGAUGCCAAGAGAAAACUGGAAACGACGCCGUCGAUGGACGAAGCAGUCGCAUCCGAGGUCAAAAGGAAAGAAAGGGUGAGACGAAUAGAAAGAAUGACUGAAUGUGAGCCUAGGAGUUAUAGAUCAGGAUCUAGGCAUCAUUCGGCACCUAUCCCAAAUCCCAUAACGGAAGAAGCCAUGGAGGUAUGUCCCCCGGCAUUUGAAAUCGAUCCUAUCGCUCCCACGGUUACCGCUCAAGAGUUGGAUAAGACGUGUUUAGAACUAAUUCAGGAAAGUGGAGAAACAGGCAACAGAGAAAGAAGCAAAACUCCCGUAGCGGCGGAAGGUCACGAAGUCAAGGAUGAAUAUUUAGAGCAAAGUGUUGGCGAGACGAAAGAACAUGAUGCUAGGGUGGAAAAUCAGAACUCAGAGGAAAGGGCCUCAAAGUCUCCUAAGAAGGACAUGUCGGAUAAACCGCACAAAUCGCCGGACAGGAAGAAGCCUGCUAAGGAGAAAGUUGGCGAAACUGUAGAGCGCGAGAAUAACGCCGUUUCUCAAGAACCGUCGUCCCGCUCGACCGAAGCAGAGACCAAAACAAGCGACGCUAAUAGUGAGACUCCUGCACCAAAGGAGAGCAACAAGUCGGAAUCCGUAGGCAGGACGAACAUCAAGAAACUCCGGGAAAAAGCCCUGUCCCUUGAUUCUGAACUUUUAAACGAGCCGGCGGAACCACCGGUAAAGCCAACCGAAAGAAGACGGUCAAAGAUAUUCGAAACUGCUGAGAAGUUCAACCAAAUGGCUCUAACUACCGAGAUGGAGAAACCCAAAAAGAUCUUUAUACCUGGCGUGAACGUGGGUGGCGCAAAACGCGCUUUUGAACGUAAAGCAAGUCUCUCGUCGAUCGCUACGCCCCCAUCUGUAAAACCCACGAAGGCUAUUAUAGAUGUACCUACCGACAAGAAGAACGACAAGCCGGAGGAAAAGUCGCUCGAAGCCGCAAAGACAGAAACCGAAACUAAAGACGACAGGACGAGUAAACGAGACGAGGAAAAGAAAAGAGCGGUGGACAUCAUUACAGGGGCCUUAGGGAAACCGCCGAUGCAGCGGAAGGUAAACGGAUCGCCUCCUACUUCACCGCAAAGUAACGAGGCUAAAAAACUCGGACUAAAGGUGCAAGUCGGUCCGAACGAUGUUAGAACCGCCACGGUGACGGUAUCCACGCCAGUCGAGACCAAGUUUCCGUUCGAAACGAAGCCGUCCGUGCCAAAAGCGGUAUCCAGCACGCCUGAUUCCGAAAACUCCCCGGUGGAAGAACCCAGAAAGUCAAGUAAAAUGGAGAUCACCUUGAAGAGCGCCACGCUACCGCGACCCCGAAAAACUAGUAAAGCAGAAAUCAUAUUAACUGGAGCGAAGUCGCCAGAAAGCUUCAAGUCCGAGGUCGAGGCCAAGAUUGCGGCGGUUCCCCCGCAAAAAUUAAGGACCCAGAGAUCGGAGAUCGCGUUCCCUGUUGCGGCAGCGGUUCCUCAAGCUCAUAGAUGUUCCAGCUUGGAACCCGAAGACAAAUCGUCACCUAAAGAACGAAUUAUACCGAUCCAUGUUGAACCAGGUUCGCAGCAGCCUCAGCACUCUUCUACCCCGCCACCAAAGCCUCCAAUGCCUCAACGUUCCAUGUCACAAAGAUCCAAUUCUCUGUCGCGUCAAUCAACCGCAGAUUCUGAUACGGACAGUGCUUUGGGCUCGACUUCUGGCCCUGAACCGAUCAGAAAGAGCCCGAGAGAGUACAUUAUUCCCAUUGCGGUAGAAGGCGGCGGCUAUGUGACACCCAGGUCUGGAAGUGUUGAACCAGAGAGCAAAACUAGUGCUCCAACGAGUACCACGGCAUCAAGGCCAAGAUUCGGACGACCAAGAAGAAUGAGCUCGUUGCUCUCCGAUGCCAGUGAAGAUGAAUCUCCCUUCUCAACGCUUCACAGGGACAGUGACGACCUUCUGCAGAGGCACAUGCAUCGUCUGCGAAGCUCUCGACCAACCAGACAACCGCCCGAGCAUGCCGAUAGCUUAUCGUCCGGAGAAGACGACGACGACGACGGUUUCGAAUUACUGACCGCUGAAAAUUUAUUCUCUACCCUUCUGUCAAGAGUGAGAAGCUUGACCCAGAGACUGAAUGUCGACGACAACCGAGGCAGUGGUUUCCUCGGCAGUAGAUUGUUGGGAAGAUUAGGAUCAAAUUCGCCUCAAGGUUUCUGGGGAGUCCACGAGCCAUUGUCUAGGCGAAUCUCGGAAUCGCAGUUCCGGCGCUCUCUGAGUCGUGAUACCGACAGGUUCGGAUGCAAGGAUCCCUCCGAUCCAGGAAGCCCUGGGGCACAAAAUAACCAGGGGACACGGAGUACACCCUCGCGGGAGAACGUCUUUGAGACUGGGAGCAACACUUUGCCACGAGAUAAGUCGAGGAAGGACGAGGAGGCCGAGUGCACGGAGAUGAGGAGGCAGGCCCAGGAGUCGCUCGAGCAGAGCUUCACGCCGAGCCUGGCGCGCCGUCUGAGUCGGCAGUUCAUCGAGCAGACCCGACACUCGCUGCCCAGGUCGCCGUCGAUACCCCGCGAGAAGUACCAGCCGCCCACCCAGCGAGUCCUCGGCACCCUGGAGGUCGACGAGGCCGACAAACGGCCCAUGCCGUCCACCAGCUCGGACCAGACCGAGUACAGGGGCAGGUCGGUCGACCGGGUCGUUCGGAGGACCUCGAGCCUGCUGGAGCCCAAGGACGCCGAGACCUCGGACCGCAAGUCGCCCAGGAGGAGCAUCAGCCUCUUCGACGACGAGGACAAGCUGCUGCUGCCUCCUCUGCCGAGGCAGGUCGCGAACUUCGGCAGGAAGCUCAGGGAUGCCGGCAAGUCUACCGGCGGGGCGAGCUCCAGGCGGGAGAAUUUUCACGUCUACAGGAACGAGAAUAUCCAGGAGGAGACGGACGACUCCCAGCUGCCCCGUCUCAGGAACAGGCUGGAGAACAAGUGCGUGGAGAACGGCUCCGCGUCAGAGGGUAACUCCACGGUAGACUGUAAUUCUGUGGCGAAUUUGAUUGACCCUGCUUCCAGUGCCUCGGCCAGGUCCAGCGAGACUUCCAUCACGGAGUCCUCUUCGAACUUGAUGGAUUACAGCGGGUCCUAUAAGUCGGAGGACGCGAAGGAUUUCGAGAACCGGCUGCUCGCUGCGGAGAAUCUGAUCAAGGAGUCCAAGAAGAGGAACCUAGGAGGCGGGAGGUUCGAUCCGAAUUUGAGGUCUAGCUACAAGGACAUUGAUAAGUGCGACAAGGACUCGCUGGGGUCCAUCGUCGAUGUCGGGACCAUCGCGACGAAGAGGAGGAGCUGCAUACCGAGUCUGAGGCUCAGGUCGGGGUCUCUGAACAGAGAGACGUCCUUGGGGAAAGAUCGGAGGAAGUCGUACGCUGGAUCUCAGAGUGGGCUGUGCAUAAGAGAGGUCACGCCGGAGAGGUCGAUCCUGAGUAAGUUCUUCAAGCCUGGAGGAUCGAAGGACGAGGAGCCGAAGGACGCUGCCCAGAAGCCCAAGGCCCAGCGCAGGAUCUCCAGGUUUCUGAGACCGGACUUCUUUGAUACUCCGCGCGAGGAAAGUCAGUACGUGAAGGAGAAGGAAGCGCGGAAAGCUGCCGAAAACGAGCGCAGGAAAUCGAGGUUCACCAGGAAAAAGGUCGAACCUAAGGACGAGGAGAAGGAUCCUGAAGGGGCAGCGUCUAAAGAGCUGAAGAACGAAGUCAAUUCCAUAACGAAAGAACGCUCGGACGCUCUUGGUAAGGACGAAAUCAUCGAAAAGGACGCACAGGAGAAGACGCAGGACGAGACCAAAUGCAAGAUCGACAAGCAGAACUCGAAAAGCGGCUUUCUUUAUUCCCUUGAGAAAAAAUUGGAAAAGUUCCGCUCGGGCGAUGACAAUUCCAAAACUGAGAAGCUGAGGAACUCGCGGGAAAAUUCUGCGCCCCCCGCGGAAUGUCUACCGCCCAGUUUGGAGAUUAUGAAGAAGACAUUGAGCGUCGAAAACCUCGCUACCGGUGGUGCUGCGAUUACAGCAGACGAGCAGAGUAGCUCGUCUAAGAGCAAGGUAUCGUCAGUUUUGGGUUUAUUCAAGAAUAAUGACGGCAAAUCUAGUUCUAAUGGCGCUCGACCUCAAAGCGCUAUUUUAAGUAGAUUAAGGAAAAGUCCGUAUAAAGGGUCUCGAUCGGAUACCGUACUGACUGGUGAUGCGUCUGCCAACAGCAAGAUUCCAACGAAGCAGUCUAGAGCUGCGAAAAAAGUCAGCGAGGUCAAAAAAUCUCCCGAAAAGGUAACCGAGACGAAGCGGACACCGACGAGGGAGAAACUGAAGGAUAAGAUUACGCCGGAAAGGACUACGGCGGAUACGAAAAGAUCCUCGGUAGAAAGGACAACGAAGGAAAAUAAGAAAAUAACUCCAGACAAAGUGAUUCAGUCUAAAUUGGAAGGUCAAGAAAAAUCCGAUGUCGCUGUUAAUGGACUUCCUGUCAAGGAUGGAGUUGCGGAGAAAACUGCAAAAAAGGCUGGAUCGUCUGAAAGAGUGAUCGACAAGGUGAGCAGUUCAACGGAAAAAGGUGCUUUGAUGAAAAAGAUAUCGCCGGAUAAAGAUAAUAAACAAGCCGAAAUCAAGACUAGGAAGAUCUCCCCGGAUAAGGACAAUAAGCAGAGCGACGAUAAGAGCAGCGAUUCCGAGGAGAGGAAAGUUUCUAAGCUGAAGAGAAAUAGCUCCAGUUCGGUAACUUCUUCGAGGAGAAAUGGAUCGAUGACAAAGGUAGAAAAAGGUGAGGAAGUUGAGAAGAAGGUUGUUAAAGCGACCAAAACGAAGGAUCCUGUAGAAAAGGAUGGGGAGAAGCCCGAGAAGAAAAAGAGCGUGCGAGUUGUCAAGAAAGUUGCGAAGAAAUCGCCUGACAGUUCCGACAGUAAGUCAGAAGGUAAAGAGGGCAAGGAGAAGAAGUCGUUGAUCAAGACCAUGAUUUCUGAGAGUAAGUCUGACAGUAAAGAAGGUAAAGAGGGUAAGGAGAAAAAGUCGUUCAUUAAAAAGAUCGUUUCAACGAGAAAGGAGAAGAACCCGGAGGCAUCGGCGGCUUUAUCAAACGACAGAGAUGCCAAAGAACCGUCAUUACCUAAAGCAGAAAAUCCCCGAGGUACGAUAAACGAGAAUACCGUAGAUUCCACAACGCCUGGGGUAAAGCCGAGCAGGAGCAACUUGAAACUAGAUUUAACGAGAAUACCUCAACAUUCCUUCAGAGGAUCAUCCGCGAAAAAAGAACCUCCGAAGACCGAGGGCAAAUCAUCGGACGACGCGAAGAUGGACGGCGUUCUCUCGAAAAUUACCCAUCACGCGAAUAUCACCGGUAACAAGAUCAUAAUCGACAAACCAUUGAGCGCAAAAGACGUUGCGGAACUAAAGAACGAGGUAAGGAAUUCCCAUGAAAAUUUGGAAGUCGAAGUUAAGGAAGAGAAGAAAGAGCCCGAGGUCCCCCAGGUGAAGGUGCAGAUCACGGAGCCCGAAGUGCCUCCAACCAUCGCCGAAACUUCACCCAGCGAAAAAUAUAGUCCCGAUCCUCCUUCCCUGAAAGAGAGUCCGAACGAGAACACCGAGGAAAUCCUUACGCCUGUUGACGACACCGACAACUUCGAUUUUUGGUCCGUGUGUUCGGCAGAUAUGAACCACUUACGGGGCGACUUACAUUCGCCGACCUCGCCUACGUACUCCCUAGCUCUGCGAGGAGACUAUUCCACGGAGUCCAUAGUAGACAGGAUCAGGAGAAGGAGCUUCUACUCUCGAUUUAACGACCGCAAAAGAAAGACGUCCUUGAUAGGUACCUCGAGCAGUCUCGCUCCCGCGACCAGCUCCACGUUGCCCAGGAAGUUCAGUUACGGGUCCAGCCGCGACAGGGACCUGCCACUGAGCUGGUCUUCUCGAAGAAACCCUGAAAGAACGUACAGUCUUUACAACGACGACAUCGUUGCUCCCAGCCGGGUGAAAUCACCGGUGGAUAGGUACUCCGAGGUCGGCAGCACUUACUCCAUCGACUCCAGGCCCACCUCCGAUUCCCAUCACGGAAGUCUGUCCAGCUCUUACGAUCCUCUGCGAAGGUACAGCAGGUCGCCCACCUUGAUGGACUCCACCAGCUCGAGGAAGAUGUAUCGUAGCGCUGACUUCACCGACAGCGAGCUGGGGUCCUACAAAACUCCACUGACCGGUUCCUUCUCGAGCGAUGGGAACUCUGAUCCGUACACCACCAGAAGCACCGGCACCUUGCCCAAGAGAUACGGCUCCACCGUAUCUAGCCUACAACCAAAAACUCCGGAGUACUACGAGGAACUGCUGUCCCCGGGGACCAGCGAGUACUUCUCCAGCAGGAAGCCACUGACUUCCGGAGAAGUCUCCGCUAGGUUUGAGAACGGGUACCAUAAUGGCAAUCUUGACCUGCCCCAACUUGGGGACAAGUGGAAGAGCUACUCCGACAAGGUGACGGAGAUCGACAUCGGCGAUGAUAGCGAGAGACGGGAACGAACAAGAAGUAAAAGCCAGCAACGUGUCGGUGAACCGAGAGAUCUACCGUCACCAUCUUUGGAGCCUCGAGCCAAUGUUUCCACUGCCGAAUGAGUCGUCGAUCGUCAAGGACCAAACCAAAGAAAUUCAACUAGUCUGCACUCGUUAGUAGAGUCAUCAACCACGGAUCAAUGUAUUCAAAUGUGAAACUACCUUUGGAAGGAAUUUGUUAACGUUAUCCUCCGAUAUCGACGCGUCGGCGUUAAUAUUGGUAAGGAUGCAACCUUAAAAAGGAUGUUCAGGGAAGUGAUCAUUCUGCUGGACGUUUAUUUCCCUUUUUCGAAUCGAGGAAUAACUGAGUAAUCGUUGCCAAAGAACAUGCUCUCUAUGAUCAUUAACCUAUUUUUAUGUAAGUUAUACGAUUAUUGCAUUUUCUCCUUGCAAUACUUCGUAUUCAGUGAAAAUGUACCGAGACUCGCUUCUCGCGUACAAGUUAGUCAUGUUGGACAAAGUCUCAUUUUCCUUUCUUUACACCUUGGAAGAAAUCAUUUAUUUACAUUCGAUUAGACAGGGAUGGAAUUUAGAGUUCGUCCUUGUCCAUAAGGACGCUGUCAUUAAUAAUUGUUCAUUCGCGAGUUCUGAAUAAAACGUAUCAUUGUUCGCAAUAUAUACAUUUGGCCAAUCAUUGCCUAGUUUUUGAGCAAUGUAAAAUAAUGCCAAAAGGAUUCCAUAAUUGAUUGAUAUCUUUCGGCUCGGAAGAUCUCGUCUUGGGCAUUGUCGAAAUAGCAGUCUAUAUUACAAUGGACAUUUAAAUGUUCACCGUUUUUUAUUUCUUUCUAAACGAAAUUCAUUUCAACGACUUCCUAAAAUUCGAUCUUCGAUGAAAGUGCACAGAAAGUCAAUAGAGAAGGAAAAUUCAUUCGUUCAAUUCGUCCGAGUUCAGCAUCGAAAAAUCAAAUAUUAAAGCCUAGAUAGUUAUCAUACUCAAGAGUACUAGCGACGUAGCCUUUUAUAUAAUCAAAAGGAUGCAAGGACUCUUUUGGUCCUGGCGUUCCGAGUCAACGGGCAGAAAUUUUUACGCGAAAAGAAAACAGUGCCACCCGAAAUACGAUCCAUUCGACAAGUUGCGAAGGGUAGAAGUCUCCUCUUGACGGAGUGACAACUGACAAAAGCCUCUAGACGCUUGUCAAUUGACAAUCCGAUGAUGGUAACUCGAACCAGAAUAACCGAAGAUCGUGCCACGUCCUCCUAGCUUACCGGAUACUUUUCUCAUGUUUUUGAGGCCUAUCGAUGUGCGAGUGUUCUCUUUCAUUUCCUCCCUUUUUCUACACCCCUCGGACCUGCCUAGUGCCGAGAUAUUUAUUUAUAUUAUUUAUGCUACGUAGGCAGUGUGUUCCUAAUAAGUAGUAACGUUACACAAUUAUCUCCCGCGUUGAAGGAAAUCGUCGAGCGUACAAUUCUGCGCGUUACCAUAUCGCUACCAUUACUUUUAUUAUCGCUAUUAUUAUUAUUGCAUAUACAUAUAUACGUACUUAUACAAUAUACAUAUAUAUAUAUAUUUUAAAGUAUUUAAUUUUCUUACGCAUCUUCGAACAAUUCGAGGCUUAAGGAUAGUCUUCGCGCAGGGCUCGUUUAUAGAGAUGUAAACGAAUUCGGAGCUUCUGCCAAAAGAAGGGAAACGCGUGCGUCUGAAAUCAAAAUGGUAUGAGCGUGUAGGACUGAGAGAACCCUUGGAACCAAUGUCGUGCAUAUUUCCGCGAAAAGGUUGUCAUGCGUUCUGUUUGCUCCCUCGAGAGUUUUUACGGAAAUGCUGCUAAGUGCACUCGGAAGCUGCAGCGAGAAGGAGCGUCGUACGUGGUCGAAAAUGCUGUGAUACGUUAACGUUAAAUACUUAAAAGGAACGUGCAUCGGAUUCGUGCGAACGCCUUCCAAAUCGACUUUGAUUGAUCUGGAUUACCUUUACACGUGUCAGCCGACGAGUCCCGAAAUCCCAGAGAUUUGCGCGGCAAAGGUGCACAAUUAAGGUGACAUGAAAUUGUCAUUCUAUGUACGUAAAACGUGAAAAUAUUUUUGUAAAACUUUUCUCCUAACUG